AGACACUGAUGGUGGCGCUCACCCUCGUGGCUGCAGCCUGGGCAGAGGAGCAGAAUAAGUUGGUCCAUGGUGGACCCUGUGAGAAGACAUCUCACCCCUACCAAGCUGCCCUCUACACCUCGGGCCACCUGCUCUGUGGUGGGGUCCUCAUUCACCCGCAGUGGGUCCUCACAGCUGCCCACUGCAAAAAACCAAAGCUUCAAGUCUACCUGGGGAAGCACAACCUCCGGCAAAGGGAGAACUCACAGGAGCAGAGCCCUGUCGUCCGGGCUGUGGCCCACCCUGGCUACAACGCUGCCACCCAUGACCAGGACAUCAUGCUGCUGCGUCUGGAAUACCCAGUCAAACUCUCUGAAUGGAUCCAGCCCCUGCCGCUGGAGAAGAACUGCUUGGCCAACCACACCAGCUGCCACAUCCUGGGCUGGGGCAAGACCGCAGAUGGCGACUUCCCCGACACCAUCCAGUGUGCAUACAUCCACCUGGUGCCGCCCGAGGAGUGCGAGCGGGCCUAUCCUGGCCAGAUCACCCCCAACAUGGUGUGCGCAGGCGACGAGAAGUACGGGAAGGAUUCCUGCCAGGGUGAUUCUGGGGGUCCGCUGGUAUGUGGAAACCGCCUGCGAGGCCUUGUGUCAUGGGGUAACGUCCCAUGUGGAUCAAAGGAGAAGCCAGGAGUCUACACCGACGUCUGCAGAUAUACCCACUGGAUCCGGAAAACCAUUCAAGCCAAAUGACCCUGACAUGUGA